GGGGGCGCCGCGGCGGCCGCGCCGCUCUAGCCCGCGGCGGGCGAGUCGCCAUGGCAACGGCGGCAGGGCGGCAUGGCGGAGCGACGGGCGCUGGAGACCCGCCUGGUGGAGAACCAGCUGUACGACGAGAGCCUGGAGCUGCCGGAGGCCGAGGAGGCGGGCGGCGCGGCGGUGCGGCCGGCCGGGGCUCGCUCGCCACGGGCAGGGGGUACAGGCCGCCCCCGGGACUGCCGCCGGCCGGGCCCACCCGGAGCAGGCGGCGGCGCGGCCGAUGGCGGCAGUGACGAGGAGGGCAGCGGCGGCAAGGAGGAGGCAGCGGCCCGCUCGGCGCCCCCCGCUGACCCCAGCGAGGGCGAGGAGGAGGAGGACGACGACGACGACGACGACUCGGCCUCGGAGGAGGAGGAUUCCUCUGAGACAGACUCAGAGGAUGACGCGGAGGAUCGCGGGGCUGUGGUGGAGGGUGACUUGAGUCUAGGUGAUUAUGACUACCUGCCAGUAUCUUCUGAAAUCAAAGAACUCUUUGAGUACAUCAAGAGGUAUACUCCCAAAACAAUAGAGAUUGAGCACAAACUGCAGCCUUUUAUUCCAGACUUUAUUCCUGCGGUUGGAGACAUUGAUGCAUUCCUGAAGGUUCCUCGUCCUGAUGGCAAGCCUGAUAACCUUGGCCUGCUGGUCCUGGACGAGCCAUCGACCAAGCAGUCAGAUCCCACUGUGCUCUCCCUUUGGCUGACAGAGAACUCCAGGCAGCACAACAUCACACAGCAGAUAAAAGUAAGGAGUUUGGAGAAUGCAGAGAACAACUCCAAAGCCAUUGACAACUGGAUUGAAAGUAUCAGUGAACUGCACCGCUGCAAACCUCCUGCCACUGUGCAUUACACCAGGCCAAUGCCCGACAUCGAGACCUUGAUGCAGGAGUGGUCACCAGAAUUUGAGGAGCUCUUGGGAAAGGUGGGCCUCCCGACUGCAGAGAUGAACUGUGACCUGACCGAAUACAUCGACAUGAUAUGUGCCAUUCUGGACAUCCCUGUGUACAAGAGUCGGAUCCAGCCUCUGCACAUCCUCUUCUCCCUCUACUCGGAGUUCAAGAACUCACAGCAUUUCAAGCCCCUGGCUGAUGGGAAGAAGGACAGGAGCCCACCAUCCAACGCACCUUCACAAGUGGCAGAUGCGGAAGUGUUAAGCUUUACUUGAAGCUUCACAUUAAACAUUCAUCUCCUGGAUCAACAUCUGCUGCUAGACACGAAGACUUGACCAAAGCAGCCUAUGAAGCAGCGUGCAGCACUUUGGAAGCCACCCUGGUUUUGCAGAUGCUGCUGAACUGUUCUGCAUUCAUAGAGUAGAACUUUACUCAUCGCAUUUAUUGUAGAAGCAGCCUAAUUGCUCCAUCUCAGCAGUAAACUGGCUCUUCCCGAUGGCAGGCUCCCUGUGCCAUAGAUGCUGCAGAACAGGAGCUCCUCAAGUGCACACUAGAAGUACCAGAGCAGGUGGGAAUAAAUUCCAUGCUCAGACACAA